AUGAAGGCAUACUGGUACGACAACCAGCCGGGCGACCAGCGCGAACCCCACGACUCCGGCCGCCCCGCCACAGAAGACGACCUCAGCCGCCUGGGCGUGCUAUACAAACACUGUCCUACGAUCGAAGCCGUGGACGUUAUCGCCCAGGAGCGCGGCUACAAGAACCGUGACGAGAUCUGCGUGUCGCCUGCGACGAUGGGCGCCGUGUACGAGGACAAAGUGAAGAUGUUCUUCGCGGAACAUCUGCACGAGGACGAGGAGAUCCGCUACAUCCUCGACGGGGAAGGAUAUUUCGAUGUGCGUGGACAGGCAGAUGAGUGGAUUCGCAUUUGUCUGGUCAAGGAUGAUAUGAUUAUUUUGCCGGCGGGCAUUUAUCAUCGGUUUACAACCAAUGAGCAGAAUUAUGUCAAGGCUAUGCGGCUGUUCCAGGAUGAGCCCAAGUGGACGCCGCUGAAUCGUGGCGUUGACGUCGAUGCUAAUCUGCACCGUAAGACUUACGUGGACACUGUGCUGAAGAAGGCUACCGCGGUCAAUUAG